AUGAAUACAAAUGAAAUCUCCUUCACCUGCGGCACACGUGACUCCCCUACCGCGCUUGACAUCGCCCACUUUCCGCGUCCUUUCCCUUCAUAUCCUCUGUUUCCAUGCCUUCGGGUCAGUAGCACCAAUCCCAGCACCACCGGCCCGCCCACUCCUACCAUUAUUAACUGCAAAUUUCUCACUUUGCAAAACCAUUCGCAUGUCGCGCCCCAAGCUAACAUCACUGAAAACGCAGGUUUCCUUCUCCGGCGUCUUAUAAAUAUGAGUGCACUUACACGCACCCGGAAUUAUUACUCUGGCACGAUUCUGCAUAUUCUAUGGCUUCCGUCGACGUGCGCAUGCGCCAAUAAGGACGCGAUCUGCAUGCACGUACGCCGGGCGUUCUACUUGACUACGGCGGUGCACGGCGCAGGGAUCUACUCUUAUCUAUCUAUCUAUCUAUCUAUCUAUCUAUCUAUCUAUCUAUCUAUCUGUCACAGUAUAUUCCGAUCUAACUCUCUAUCUCUCUCUACACCCCCCACAUAUAUAUAUAUAUGUCUAUCUGCAUUUAUCUAUCUAUCUAUCUAUCUAUCUAUCUAUCUAUCUAUCUAUCUAUCUAUCUAUAUAUCUAUCUAUCACAGUCUAUUCCUAUCUAUUUAA